CCGGCCGUGGAGCUGACCGUAUGAGAGUGCAGUGGAUCGGGGAUAAGUGCCAGUGCCUGAUCAUAAUCAUACUCUCUGGAUGGUCCGAUCAUUCAUAAUUUCCUUGUAAACAUUGCGGAUAUAUUCACAAGAAACUGUUAUGAAAAUAUAAGAGGUCAAUUUAAAGAGAUCAACUGUCCUCUGCCAAAUUACAUUAAUCUUGUGAGGUGUGGAUCCUUUUCCAGAUGUCCUGACUGAAAAUGAUGAUUUUUUUAUCGCCAAGUCUACAUAUGUGUUGUUAAGUAGUUCAAAAGUAACCCGAGUAAACCAACGCAAGUCGCAACUCAACAAUGUCUGAAAGAAUUAGACACAGACAUAAUGAGGAACAUGAUGAGACUGGACUCUUAUCUCAAGACCUUGAUGACCACUCUGCGGAAUCACAUACUCAUUCUAACAAUGGAGCUUUACUUGCAUCCAUGGAGCGCAGUUUGAAUGGAGCCAUUGUACAUCAAGAUGAGGAAGACCUCAAUAAUGUUCUCUUGAGCAGUAGCAGCAGGAGUCACAAGGAAUAUGUAGUUUAUACAGAGAGAUGGUUUAUACUUGCAGUGUUCUCUCUGUUGGCGCUGGUUCAGUCGUGUGGAUGGAAUACUUGGGGACCAAUUGAAAACACUGCCAGUGUUGUAUUGGGAUGGAAGCAGAGUACAUUUGCCGUUCUUGCCAACUGGGGUGCUAUUGUGUUUGUCCUCACUGCAUUCUUCUUUAGCUGGUUGCUACAUGCAAAAGGUCUUCGUGUAGCAGUGUUGCUUGCGGCAGGUGCUCUCGUAUCUGGGAUGGGAAUAAGAUGUCUACCGGUUCCUGUUCAUAGUAUGAUAUGGACAGCUAACAUUGGUCAAGUGAUUAUUGGGCUUUCAUCUCCUAUUCUCAUGGCUGGUGUGACUACAAUCUCUGCUGUAUGGUUUCCUACCAAUGAAAGAACUACUGCCACUGCCAUCUCAUCUUCUACGGCUUACCUUGGAGUAGCAGUAUCAUUUCUCAUUGGACCACAGAUUGUACCUGAAAUCUUGCCUGUCCACACAAACUUCAGCACAGUCUCCCCUAUUGACAUUGCUGCAGAAGGAGAUGAUAUUCUUGAAAUUAAUCCAGCUGAUUAUGACCCAGUUGAAGUUCAGCAAUGCCUCAGACAAAUUAAGCUGCUUCUUUUCAUAGAGUUCAUAUGGACCCUUCUUCUGUUGAUAGUAGCAUUGAUCUACUUCCCAUCAGCACCUAUUACACCACCUACUGCUUCAGCUAUUGCUAAGAGAGAAGACAUGAAAGAGGGAUUACUACAAAUUGUCAAAAAGAAAGAGUUCUGGAUUCCAGCCCUGAUAUUCGGUAUGACUACAGGGUUUUUCAAUAGUUGGAACACACAGCUAGUAGCUAUAUUUGACAACAAGGCUGAUCAGUCUGAAACAAGUUGGAUCGGUUUCUAUUCGAAUUUGGCUGGUGUCAUUGGAGGUAUCAUAUUUGGCAAUUUUGUAGAUCGACUUGGUGGUAAGAUGAAGGCUGUUCUGAUUAUUCUGAUGUUUGGAGCAUGUGGUGGAUUUGUUUGGGUUCUUUUACUAGCCAAUGGUCAUAUUCCAUACAGUACAGUAUAUCUGUAUACUUCAGUCAUUCUGUUUGCAUUCUUUGUCAACUCUAUGGUACCUAUUAUCUUUGAAGUAACAGCAGAGGGUGCUUUUCCCACAGGAGAAGAAACCAGCUGUAUGUUCAUGACAUGGCUUGGCAAUGUUACUGCUUUGAUCUUCCUCCUACUUCCAAUAUUCAUAUCAAAUUUUUCCUUGACUUGGUUGAACUGGUUUAUGUUAGGAGCCCUUGGAAUGAGUUUAGUGCUGCUACUCUUCUAUAAAGAGCAUUACGCAAGAAAGGAAUUUGAUGUUACUCAUCACGAUGAUGUUGAGGAAGAGGAGUGUGAUCUUAACCCAACAAUACACACAUAAAUCAUCUUCAUUUCACUUACACUUUCUUGUUCUUAUGCAUUAGGAUAUUUCCCACUGAUAAGCAUAUGAAUAAAAAAAUUUAUGUAAUAAAUGAAAUGUAAUAAUGGCUAUUAUCACCCGUAUCAGACAUUUGAGCUGG